AUGGCGAUCAAAGUGAAUGCCCUCAAGUGCCCAGAGGUUGAUGCUUUUCCAGUUCCACAUGAAUGGUAUCAACCAGGUGAGGUCCUCAUUGGAGGGAUGGCUUCACAGAUCAUCUAUGCCUUCAGUGAGCAUUUGUUUUAUGAACAUCCAUCUCAGGAGCUCUAUGAAUUUUCAGACUACAACAAUCCUAGGAUGACCUAUCGGACCACUUUGGACCUAUUGUUCAAAGCAGAUAGAUUUUUCCCUAACUACCAAUGUGGACUUCAGAAAAACCUCUUGGCCAUUAUUGGAGGACUUGGAUCAGAUACUUCAUCCCAUAUGGCAGAAAUUGUACAGCUCUACAAAGUUCCACAGCUCCACCUCUUUCUUCAAGGCCUUUCUUUCAACAACUCAGCAGGACAAGUAGUGUCCUUUAAUGAGAAGAGGGAAGUUGCAGGUGGAUUUAGUGUCACCAAUAUGAUUGCAUUUCCAAACAGAUCCAUCCGGAGUGUGAAAGUUGGAAAGUUAGAUCCUGAUGCUUCUUAUGGAAAUGAAUUGAUCAUUAAUGAAAAUCUGAUAGAAUGGCACAAAGGUUUUAAUCGGGUUCUUCCAGUUUCUCUGUGCAAUGAAUACUGUCACCCUGGAUAUUGGAAGAGAACAUCUGAAGAGAAAAGCUUCUGCUGCUAUGAUUGUGUGCCAUGUCCACAAGGGAAGAUUUCAUACAAGAUAGAUGCAGAAGAUUGUUUCAAAUGUCCUGAAGGUCAGUAUCCAAGCAUGGAGCAAGAUCGAUGCCUUAACAAAACAAUGAGUUUCCUGUCCUUUGAAGAACCUUUAGGACUCAAUCUGGCCUCAGCUUCUGUUUGCUUCUCCCUCAUGACAAUCAGUGUGCUUGGAAUUUUCCUUAAGCGUAGAGAUACCCCCAUUGUCAAGGCCAACAACCGGGACCUCACUUACACACUACUCAUUGCCCUUCUGCUCUGCUUUCUCUCUUCCUUGUUAUUCCUUGGUCAGCCAGGGAAAGUAACCUGCCUUCUCCGGCAACCAGCAUUCAGCAUCAUCUUCUCAGCUGCUGUUUCUUGUGUGUUAGCUAAAACUAUUACUGUGGUUGUAGCUUUCGUGGCUACUAAGCCAGGAUCUUCAAUGAGAAAAUGGGUGGGGAAAAGAUUGUCCCUUGCCAUUGUCUUUUCUUGUUCUCUUCUUCAAGCAGGUCUUUGCAUCCUGUGGUUGGCAACCUCUCCUCCAUUCCCUGAGUUAGACAUGCACUCCCUUAUAGAAACCAUGAUUUUGCAAUGCAAUGAAGGCUCCAUCUUCAUGUUCUAUUGUGUGCUGGGCUAUCUGGGCUUCUUGGCUAUUGCCAGCUUUGUUGUGGCUUUCCUUGCCCGUAAUUUACCUAACAGCUUUAAUGAAGCCAAGUUCAUCACUUUCAGCAUGUUGGUCUUCUGCAGUGUAUGGAUCUCCUUUGUUCCAACUUAUCUGAGCACCAAAGGAAAAGCCAUGGUGGCCGUGGAGAUCUUCUCCAUCUUGUCCUCCAGUGCUGGGUUAUUGGGCUGCAUCUUCUUCCCAAAAUGCUUCAUCAUUGUGUUGAGGCCAGAACUAAAUAACAGGCACAAACUAAUCAAAAGGAAUAAUUAA